UCAAUGCGAAAAGCAAAGGUCAAAGGCGAUUAAUGAUGUAUGAGGUACCAAUGUCAGGUGACGGGGACUCUGUGCCAAAGGCGUCGGCUGCUCAGGUGUCACUGGCUUUGUGAAGAGAGCAGAGAACAGGAGAUCAGCAGCUGUGGACAUAUCACAUCACCAGGUGCAAACACAUAUUCAGCUUCAUACCUGGACAAGACAACAGGUGGAAGAAAACCUUUGACGGUAUAUAUUCAAAAACACGUGUUGCUGCGAGAAUGGAGUCGUAUCAGAAGGAGUCGAUGAGAAGAAUCAGACGGAACAGCAAGACUCUCCUUCAGGAUCUCUUUUACAGAGGAGUUCACGGAGGAGACAGAGACACUCCUAUCCCAGCUCAGCCUAGAGAUGCUAAAAUGAUCCAUUCCAUUGCCAGUCUGAUCAGAGCAAAAAGCAAGCUUCUCCUCCUUGAGAAUCCAGACACUGUGGAGAUCUACAAGCUGAAUGAGCCUGGAGCCCAUUCUACCAGACCUGGAAAAGGUGAUGUUUAUCUCCCAGCCAUCACAGCUAAGGCUUCAAGUCUGAACUCAAUCAGAGGCAGUCUGAGUCAGUCGUGCCCUUACCUAUAUGACAAACGAAGAGGAUCCUUCUCCUCAGUGGCUUCUCAGAAAACAGGAGGUCGCACUGCAAAACAGAGCAGCCUUAAGGUACAAAAAGAGGCAAAGAAAUCCAAUGUCACUGUGACAAUGACCUACCUUGGACAAAGACAUCGGAAUUUGGGGCUCGGGUCAACUCAGGAUGAACUGAAAGUACUCCAGCAAGUCAAUGGAGGAGAGAAUAUUUGUGUCUUCAAAGGCCUCGUAACUCCAGGCGAGCAGUUCCAGUUUUUGUCUCAGAGACAUAGAGGUUACCCAUUCAGUGCUUCUUUCUAUGUCAAUGGCAUCAUGGUUACCAGGAUCAGUUCCUGCUGUGAGUACCGCUACACUCCUGGCUUCCAGCAGGGGAGGAAGAGCUGCUUCAGAUUGACUUGGCUGGCUGGUGGGAUACCCUGCUACAGAUGCACAAGUCUCCGAACCAAAUACAGCUCCAGCCAGCAGCUGAACAACAGUACAAAGGAGAACUUAAAUCUUUCUCUAGAGCAGAGCACUGGCAAUGCAGGCGUCAUCGAGUCAUGUCCAUCAUCCCCUCUAUUUAUCCCAGCCAAACCUGUGAAGAAAUCAGUGAGGAGGACAACAAAACACACCAAGGAGGGCAGCAGAGGAUCAACAGACAGCGAAGACCUCCCUGUAGCGGGAAUUAAAGAGACCUCCAAAAAGAAACGACGCAAGGGUCAAACUAAUCAGAAGGAGAGCAAAGGCAAGACAGCUGAAAAUGACAGAGGGGAAGGGAGACAAGACGGCAAGAGCUCAACGAGGUCAACAAUCAUGGAAAAAUUUGAAGACAAGGCAUCGUCUGCCAGACAAGAGCAGGACAGAGCAACCGGCCCUGUCACAAUCCUGCAUACGGGGCAGCCACCAUUGAACACGACAAGCAAAUUUCCCGAUUCAUUGCAGGAUGAGGAAGCUCUGACUAAGCAGAACAGAGAGAAACAGAAGGGCCUUGGAUCAAAUAGGAAAAACAGAGAUGGGGAAAAGCUGAAGGACUUCUAUGAAGAAUGUGUGGAAAUGAGUGCUGCGUUGAAGCAAGGCCCAAGCAAACAUCACUGGUUCAAGGCAAACAUCCUGGAGAGGUGCCGGCUCCAGAAGAGGCUGUCAUCGGGCCCCAAAGCUCAACGCUCAGAUGUGGAGCUCAGUGCAGAAAGUGACACCAUUCUGCAGCAUGAUGGAAAGCCAGAGGAAGAAGAGGACAAGGCUAAUCAGAGCGCUGGCACGGAAGAGUCCGUUAGAGAGCAAGACCUGCAGGCACAGCUUCAUGCCAUGAUGACAGUGCUGAGCAUGUCUGAUGAGGUGGAGCAGCUAGUUCUGAGGAACACGGACCUCACAGAUGACCUUCUGCUGAGCCUGGCGGGGGCACUAAAAAGCAGCCUGUCUGAAGUCACACUACUCAAUCUCAACCUCAACCUCAUUGGCCCCUACGGUGCUCACAUUCUGCUGGACGUUCUGAGAGUGAAGCCCCAGGUCAAAGGCCUGCACUUGUUUGGGAACAAACUGCGUGACCAUGGAGUGCUGACCCUGUUGAACGGAAUAGCUGAGCUGCAGGAACAAACAGCAAGAGCAGCUGCUGCUAUCCAACAGGCUAUGCUUUUCCCAUCAGAACACAAUAUGCUACCUCAGCUGCCCUCUGGAUGGAGCUCUUUCAGGCUUUUUACACUUUUAGAGCUGGAUAUUGGAGGAAAUGGUUUGAGCAGUGAUGGGGUGAAAGUGUUAGCAUCAUAUAUGAGAUCCCAUUCCUAUCUUCAGUAUUUAGGGCUAGCACAGACCAGCGGUGCCGAUCUGGCAGCGUGGAAGGAACUUUUUGACAGCUUAAAAGGAAACAGCUCACUGACUCAGAUCAUCCUAGACGAAAAUAACUUGGGUGACCCCGGGGUCAGGCUGCUGGCUGACAUGCUGAAAGAGAACAUGAGUUUGCGGCAGGUGGAUUUAGACAAGAACUGCAUCAGCGAUGUGGGAGGAAAUGACAUCAUGGGGGCUUUGCUUUGCAGGACACAGUUUCCACUGAGGCAUCUGAGCCUCCAGGAGAACAACAUCAGUGCAGGACUAAUGAGCAGGAUACAGGAGGAGUGUUACCCCUCGUGACUCCACACCUACUUCGCUCAAAUCGACUCCAGCAAGACUCCAGGCUCGUUGAUCCAUCUGUCAUUCUAUUGAAUAAUUUCCUGCCUUCUGACAAAAAAGAAACCACAGUGAUUCAUUCCACCCACAGUAUUUACAAGUGGAUGACUUACCCACGACAUUUUCCCCCAGAGCAUUGCAGUAGCUCUUCUCCACUUCUACAAAUCAAAAGAGUUAUGGACAGUCAACUAUGCCACAUCAACUACCCCUAUUUUGUUGUCCUUGCAUCUUCAUGCGCUAGACAGCACUUCUAUUCAUAAUCCAAGAAGCAAAACUAGGCCACACUCAUCUGGAUUUCAGGGCCGUCAUCUCAUUGUUCUACCAACAUAGACAUUCUGAGAAUAACUGUACCUGUGAUCAAAGCUUGUCAAAGUGGUAAUUAUCUCCUCCUCUCAAGGCUGCCAGUAGUGAUUCUGUUGAAAAUAACCCGUCCAUAUUUCAUCUGCAGUCUCUGCGAAUUCCUUUCUGCGGAACCCCGAUAAAGGCGCUCCUCGAAUCCCCAAGCGGAUGACAGAUAAAUGAGACUGGUGUUCCUGAAGAUUACAUCUGCAGACGUUAUCUGGCGUUGCCGUCGCACACUGAAUAAGCUUCUUUUUGUGGUGUUUGUACAUUUAGA